CUAGGAAUGAGCUGGCUUCGAAAAUUUCUGGGAAGAGAUCGCACUGGCGCUAUUUCCGCCAGAAGACAAGAGCCCCCAUCAGCGGAUGCACUGGGGGCGUUACAUCUUCGAAAAUUGUUUGUUGAGUACUACAACAUGCCUCCAGACGAGACCAAAGAACAGCAUCUUGUCAAAAUGCUUCCAGUCUUCUGCAAACUUUUUGCUGGAGUGCGUCCUAACGAAAUUGGCGAGCGAUUUGGUGAGGUGAGCGUCUUUGCCAGGGAUGUCUCUCUUCUGUUGGUCGCUGAAAUCAAGCGCCACGCGAUGUCGACGGACACACAAGAGGCGAGUGCCUCUCUGGCUCACUUCUUGGAGAACCAUAGUGAUGAGGGAGAGCUUAGCAAUGGUUGGAACAUGCUUAACACCGUCAACAUUCUCUCGUCGUGUGAACGUGCCGUAGUUGAGGCGAUGGCGAGCACAACGUUGCCCUCUACACUUGUAAAGUCUCUCUACUUGUUUCUCGAUUUGCCUUCGACUCGUGGUCUCUCAUCUGGUGUGUCGGGAUCUGAGUUGCCUGACGAGGAGAGGAACAGGUCACGAAGGAUCGAUUUGCACAAGGUUUUUACUCAAGCUCUGAUUCGUCUGUGUCGUCACGUCUCUGCGGCUGAAGACAUCAUGCUUCGAGACGACCUCACAAAGUUGUUUGGUAUCAUAACGAGUGUGUGUCCUCGACACAACCACAACUGGAGAAAAACAGCUUCGGAUUCAUUGAUAACUAUUACUCGACAUGCUCUGACUCCGAAUGUCGUCAGCCAUAUUCAUAAUCACGGCUGCAUUGCGCUUUGUAUUCGAAACAUGCAGGUCAACAGAAACGUUCUACCACUUGAGAUCGUUGAGAUGUUUGUUUCAGUGUACAGUUGCCUCAAGGAUUCGUGCGAACUAACAUAUUUGCUGCUUGAUGAUUUUCGUACGGCCCAAGGAUAUCGGUUUCUCACAGAGUUUUUGAUCGGGCUUGAAACGUCUUUGUCAGAAGAGAGUCAAGAAGCUGUUAGAAAUAUGGUCUUGCUUGUGUCUAGUCUUGUCAUGUGUGGAUUCCAUGAUCUAUCUCUGCCUGUAAUCAAAGGGCAGCCAUUUCAGGACAGCAACUUUUCUGUGCCAGAAGUGGCAAAUCCUGGUUUAAGUGUCAAGAACAAGCUGGCAUUUCAAGUUUUGGAAACCGGAUUUCUAAAGGCUCAGUCCAGCCAUCUGUGUGGAGUGAUUUUGGAUGUUAUUUUUAACAUCUACAGUUCAGAUCCUGCAAACUACUUUAUAUUGGAGUCUGAACACACUCUUCCACAUUUCAUUGAGAGAGUGCAUACAAAGCCACUCAAAAUCCAGGAGCAAGUUUUCAAGGUGUUGGAGUAUGUUUCAUGCUCUUUGAAUUAUGUACCAAUUCCUGAAAUCAUCAGUGUCAGCAUUCUCCUUAAGACUACAAACAUUUCUCGUACUCUCUGCGUUGUCCUCCAGUCGAUGAUCAAGCUUGUGAGCUUUAAUGCCAAAUACCAAGACGUGUUCAGAGACAUGGGUGUUAUUGAUGCAUUGGUUUGGAAUGUACAACAGCAUGCAGCUUGCUUGAAAGAAGGAACAGAAAGUAAACCUUUGUUAUAUACAGCACUCAUCUGUAAGGUAGUGAUGAUUCAAUGGGGUCGAGGCAAUAAUCUUACCAUAUUGGUCACAUUUCAUACAAAAAGUAGAGUAGUUGUCAACAACCUGGAACAAAUCCAAAUUUAUUUAAGAUGUCAAGAAAUGGACAGUGACAAUGUCAAAGACACUGCCGAGGAAGAAUUCAUCUUUUUGCUCAUGGAAUGUCUACGUGUGAUUUUGGAUGCCAAUGAAGCCAAUGGCCAUUUGUUCAGAGAAUCUGGAGGUGCUCGGUGUGUGCAGAACAUGGUGCCUUAUGCUCGGUCUCGUCGAGAUGCUCUCAAGCUCAUUCAACAGCUUAUUCUUUUACCUGGUGGUCAUGAUGAUCUUGGCACACUUCUUGGUCUCAUGAACUCUGCUGAUCAAACAGCAGUGACACUAAAGACAGAUGUGCUUCAAGCUGUGCAAAGAGUAUUUAAUUUGGCUGCAAGGACAAAGGCCUUGUUUCGUGAAGCUGAUGGAUUUGUUUAUGUUGUUUCUGUUCUUAGUAUGAUGGGAGGAAGUUUAAGUUGUCCACCAAUUUCAGUUUGGGAGAAGGUUGAUCGAAACGAGAUGAUCUGUUUACUUCGGUAUGCUUGCAGUGUCUUAAAUGCUGCAAUGCAAGAUGAACCAGCCAACAAACAUUACUUUCAAGAGAAUGCAAGUAUUGGCUUUCGUGGCUUAGUGAAACCAUUCUUGUAUCUUGGCUGUUUUGGUGUUGGCAACUCUGUGAUCCCUAGUAUAUCAAACAGUGCUUUCUAUCAAAAAUUUCAAACUGAUUCUGCCACAGAAUGUUCUACCAACUUCAAUGCUUUUGUUGAUUCUGUUGUGUUGGAGAAAUUUCAGAGCAGUGCUGUGUAUUUUGCUGCUGAACUAUUUCGCUUAUUGAGGGACAUGGCACUAGAUACCAUACAAGAUCAAUCUCCAUCUCUGUAUCCAGUUGCGGAAGUCUCCAAACAUCAGUUGAAUGAGAUUGCUCAUCCAGGAGCAGUUGCUGUGAUUGUUGAUUUACUGCCUGCCAUUGAAGCUAAUCCUGUAUUUAGACAGAAAGACCAAAGUGAUGUAGGUGAAGUGGCUGACAAUGUUGGUGGAUUGCAGUUGGAUGAAGGAGAAAAGCAGAUGUAUGAAGAGUGGGCAUUUGGGUUGCAACUUGAAAUUGUCAACACAAUCAGUCAGAUGUCGUUGUCUGACAGAAAUGCUCAGUCACUGUGUCAAGCUGGUCUGACUGGGAAACUGAUGGAGAGAUGUGGUAAUGCCCUAGCAGACGAAAAGCAUCCUUUGCAUGCUGGUCUACAGAGGCUAUUUGAGAGAUUAGCACUGCAAGCACUUUCUCCUGCUGAUGUCAGGAACUUCCUUCGUCUUGGGGAUCCUCUCAACUGUGCCUCUAGUGUCCUUGCUGAUUAUGUUGUCCAGAAUCAACCGUUGCAGGAUGGUGAACAACUGAAACAAAUUGCACCAAAUUACAGCAAACCGGUUGAAUUUUCACGCAUCCAGUCAUUGGUCACAAUUGCAACACUACGAGAUGGUGGCUUCCAAGGUCCAGACUCCUCUCCAUCGUUUAUUGAAUUUGACAUGAAUUAUGAUGGCUAUGGAUACUUGUAUCUACCUUCUGUAUCUUCGUCUUUUUCAUUGCCGGGCAUCACAGUGCCAACACCCUCUGCAGUUGGUAGUAUAGGUAACAUUGCGUCAGUAGAUCGUCCAUUUCCUCCACCAAAUGGAUUGACGUUUUCUGCUUGGGUGUAUGUGAACAAAAUGGGGACUGUUGCAGAUCAGCAUCCCAUACGAUUACUAACAAUGAUAAGGAAGAUGGAAUCAGCUGAUACAACGAAAACACAACAUUGUCUAAGUAUUUCUAUGACAACUACUGGGGUAGCUGUGACAGUAAAUGAUGUGCCAGAACCAGAUGAAACAAGUGGAGACAGUCACACUUAUACCAAGGCAACUAGAGCAGUUUUUCAAUAUGAAGGCAUUGCUAGUGAGGGAUGUUGGCGUCAUGUCGUAGUUGUGCUAAGCAAAGGUGCUCUAUUGCGGUCAAGCAGUGCAGCUUUGUAUGUUGAUGGCCAAUGUGUUGACUCUGUCAAGUUACCGUAUGUCGCUGCUGGUGGUAGCUCUAGUAGUGCCAGUACAGAACCUCAAACAAGUCCCACAUCACCAGUUUCAUCGUCAUCCAAUAUGGUUGCUACUUACAUUGGAACACGCCCAAAGCAACGGAGGAUCUCACGUCUAGUAUGGAGAUUGGGUCCUACCUACCUUUUAGAAGAGCCUGUAUCAGCUAGCACAAUUCUCUGCAUUUAUUUGCUGGGUCCUGGCUACUGUGGUACAUUCCAAGCACCGUACGUCGAAGCAACAGCUGCCAAACUUCAACUGAUAGAAGAUGCUGAGUUUAUUCCUGCUCCAGGAUUAAGUGGCUUGUCUAGUGCGGGUGAAUUGCUAGGACCGCUAGUGGCAGAAGACAAGGUUUCGUUCGGAUUAAAUGCACAUGCUCAGUCUGAAAUUGUGUUUAGAGAAUUCCAACAGCAAUAUAGUGACAUGGAUGUGAUUGCAGUAAGGAAAGAGCUUGGAAUUUCAAGAAAUAACUUGGAUUGGCCAGUGCAUAUACUUUAUAAUACAGCAUCUCAUGCAGCAGGUCCUCUUCGGACAUUUGGUGCUGUUGUUGUUAGCAGGUCAGGAGUUAGAACGUUUCAUCCUUCUCCUAUUCAUCGUCUGCUUGAGUGUGUUGGGGGCACUUCAGUAUUGCUUAGCCUCAUCGCUAUGGCUACGACUGUCGUCUCAUUCUAUGCAUCAGUCAAAGUUUUGGUUUGUGUGCUACGAGGCAAUAAUCUGGCUAUGAAUGAAAUGGAACGAAAUGGCGGGUUUGGUAUUCUUGGAAUGCUGUAUAAGACAAAGCAUCAUCUGUUGAACAGUCACAUUGUGCAUCUAACGUUUUCACUUGUUGGAACGAUAGACAGUGAUCGUGAAUGCUGUCGGAUACCACACAUUACUGCUUUUCAUGAUUUGCUUGGCAACUUGGAAGUGUGGAGUGAGGCGGCAGAAGAGCUUCAGAGGUCAUUGUAUAAUCACUUGUUUGAGCUUGUCACAUUGAGCAAUGAGAAGCACACAAAUGCAGAGCAGUUGUGUGACAUGCAGAUGGUUCGCCGGCUGCUCCAAGUGCUUCACAGAGGUAUGUUGUCUGAUGCUACAAUCAAGAGUGUAGCUAAUGUGCUAUCAGCUUUGUUACUUCAAGUUCAGGAUAAGCACAAUAUUCUUAGUUUUAGCCAGUUUUUGGCUUCUCUGCUACCAUUGAGAGAUCUAGAUGAAAGCAAAGCCAUACAGUCUGAGUGGUCAGCAAAUUUUCAGGCUAAAGCAACUGCAGAGAAUACGACGAUGGAGAGUAAUGCUGGACUGUCAUUGAAUGACGCUUGUGUUCCAUUGCCUGAUAUACCUCUUGGAAAACGUGUUCAUCUACGUAAUGUUCUGUUAGAGCUGCUCGCAAGCCUACUUCAUGAUGAAAAACUAGAACUGGAAACAAGGAUGGCAGCUGAAUGGAUUCAUGUUGUGGGGAUUGACUGGUUUUUGGCUUUCCUUCAGCGCAAUGUUCAUCACACUACUGUAGCCAAGGCUCUUCGUAUAAUUGCUGUCUUGCUGUCUCACCCUGUUUUACAACAGAAGUUUCGAGAGGGCACUGCUUGUGGAGGCUGGGCAACUGGUAUGUCUGACACUGGAGGACAUAGUCCUGUUGGAAAGGCACCAUUAGAGAGGAGACCAUUAUCCAUUCCAACUCUUCCAGGAUAUCAAGCAAUGUCUUACCUUCUUACUGCUCACUCACACUGCUCUCAUAUUUUUGUUGUUUUGCUUGCUAUUCUUCUUGGUCGUAACAUAGUUGAAAUUCCGAUGGCAGUGACAUUUGAUCUUGAUGGACUGAGGAGAGCAUUCAAACUUGGUAAGGAUGUGCCUGUGCAGCCAGUUGCAAGAAAUGCAGGGAUGAAAGUUAACACAGAUGCAGCAAUCGUGCUGCUAGUGAUUUUGCGGUCUUUUCUCAGUGAGUUCUCACUAGCUGAAAAUUCGUCUACUUGUGAAUACCCUGUCAUCUUGCUACACUUUCUAGCUGAAGUGUAUCAGAGCUCACCAGAAUUUGCAGCCAUGUGCACCGGUCGGGAUUUCAUAGAUGGGCUAACAGCAUCUGUUUUUCCUUUGUUUCGGAUUCCAUUGGACAUAGUUAGCAUUGGGGCAGAGUAUGUUGUUGUUGAGAGCGAAGGAACGGCAGAUGAUAGUUUGGACAUGCCAUCACCAAUCAGAAGAACUUCAUUGAUAGCUCAUCCAGCCAAACAAGCAGUGCUAGAGCUACUUCGGAUCAUUGUUGGCAACAAUCUUGUGUCUGCACAGUCUGGGAAAGGAUUUCCAGUUCUUGACAUGAUUCUGGAGGCAUCCCCAGAUGGCUGCAGCUCAGAGCAACAGUCCGAGUUCCAGACAUGUUUUAUUCAUUCUCUUCUUGAUCAUCUAGUUGUUAUGGAAGCGCUCUCUCCGAAUUCACCAUCUCGCACUAAGAGCAACUCCUCAUCUCAACUACUUGUUGGAGUGACAGUUGUUUUGAACCGUGUUGCUGAUCGGCUGUGGACAGGAAUACUUUCUCAAGACCAGGGUGCUGUUUUGAUGCCGGUAGUUCAACUAAUGGAACAAUCCAAGAGUGGUCAUUGGUCAUUGAGUCUGGAUGAUUUGUAUCGACCAUUGAAUCGAAUUGUGUUGUUUCUUCUUUCACGUCACUGUCUCUCGGUGGUUGAACAGACGUCAGUGUUAGAGACCUUGCACACAGUCACACGUUAUCAAAAGCUCAUACUAAGCAGUGCAAACACGGAUCAGGAGUUUUUGGCAUGUCUCUGUCAUUGUCUGGUGUGCUUAGUCAAUGGCAAAAGGUGUUCUGAGCCACGAGGAAGAUCUGGAUCAGAGAGAACGUUGUCAACACCAGAUGAUGAUGAUGAUGACGUAAGUGGCCAAACUACUCCAGUGAUCACCGAGGGCAAUCGUCUAGUCCAAAGCUCAGCUGCACGAGUAUGGGAUAUCAUUUUGGAGUGCAAACAGAGAGAAAUCCAAGAUUUAUUUAAUGUUGAGAUUCCAAAACAUAAUUCAAGACAACAGGGCCCUUCCUCUGACAGAAUGGGUCUGGCUGAAAUGUCAAGUCAGAGCCGAAGCAUCAAGUCUUUACAGGGAUUGUUUGAAGAGCAGGCUGCAAGAGUGUGGAUGAACUACAAAGCAACAGAAUACAAGAAGCGGACAGAGUCGACAGAUUCAAAGCGUAUGACGAUAGUUCAGCGAUUUACCAUUUUUAGACAGCGUGGGAAGGAGAAAUCAAAGAGCAAUGUAUCGCAACAAGUUCAGGAUUAUCUUGAUGAUGGUGCUUUCGUUAACCUUCAGCUUGUUCAAGAAGUUGUUGAACUGCAGCGAGUGAAAUUUCAACAGAAUGCUAUGUACAUGUUCAACUAUAUGCAAUCACAAUGGGCCGACAUACAAUCGAACCUCACACGUGAACGUGGCUUAUGGGGCCCAAUGAUACCAUCAUCUUUAGACAAAUGGAUGCUUGACGCUACAGAAGGUCCACAUCGAAUGCGUAAAAAGCUUUGUCAGAAUGAUGUGUUUUAUGUACAUUAUGAAUACAAUAAGAACAAAGAACCAGAGGUUCAGACAAAGUACAUACCACCCAACAGUCGAGACAGUGAAUUGUACUAUCAGUUGUCUCUCUGUCGACAGCAACAGUCUGAAGUGGCGAGUAUUACUAAGUUUAACAACCUACCAGAAGACAGCCUUACUACCUUAGUGAAGUUGUCGGGUACUUCAGCUAAUAGAGAUGAAUCAGAUACGUUGUCAAGUGACAUUGACUCAAAUGACUGUGGGUCAACUAUUGCUGAUAGUGAGGACUUUGAUGAUGUUUUGGGAGAGCCAGUUCAGCAGCAGCUGCAUCGUUUACUUGAGCAGGGAGAGAAGAUUCAGCACAAAUAUCCUUGUGCACGUAUUGAAGGUCUUGAUGUUAUCGAUGGUUUGUUCCUCAUUGGUUUGUCACAUUUCUACAUCAUUGAUGGGCUGAUGAUGCUUUCUACUGGUGAAAUUUCUGAUAUCCAGUCUUUACCUGAAGAGUCACGAAAAUGUGUCAUUCCAGUGCAGAAGCAUUAUUCUCGUAAAGCAAUGCAACCAACCAGCUAUCCGAUACACUGUCACAAAUGGUCAUUCAAUGAUGUCAGUGACCUUCACAAACGGAGAUACCUUCUCAUGGACAUUGCCAUUGAGCUAUUUGCCACAAACGGACGCAAUCAGUUUGUGGCACUUGGAAAGGCAGAUCGAAACCGAAUACAUUCUAAGUUAGUAGCAUCUUGUAGAGCAUUGUCACAAGAAUCUGUUUUGGUGGGAAUGAAACGAAAUGGGCCUGUCGAAGUAGGCACUGGUAUUUUUGGUUCAAUAAUUGGUGAAAAGUCUAUCACACAGAAGUGGGAGAGGGGUGAAUUGUCAAACUUUCAGUAUUUGAUGUUUUUGAACACACUGGCAGGCAGAUCAUACAGUGACUUGAUGCAGUAUCCCGUCUUUCCUUGGGUGUUGAAGGAUUAUGACAGUGAAGAACUUGAUUUGACAAGUCCAGAGACAUUUAGAGACUUUUCGAAACCAAUGGGUGCUCAGACGCCAGAAAGAUUGAAGCAGUUUGUCAACCGGUACGCUCACUGGGAAGACACAACAGGGGAGAAUACACCACCUUAUUACUAUGGGACUCAUUACAGUUCAGCAAUGACUGUUGCGUCAUACUUGAUUCGACUUGAACCGUUUACUCAGCACUUUCUGCGUCUUCAAGGAGGUCAUUUUGAUAUUGCUGAUCGCCUUUUUCACAGUGUGAAGGAAGGAUGGAAGUCGGCAUCUGAAUUUAACAUGGCUGAUGUGAAAGAGUUGACACCAGAGUUCUUUUAUCUGCCAGAUUUUCUUCUCAAUUCAAACAAUUUUGACCUAGGAAGGAAACAAAAUGGUGACAUCCUUGGUGAUGUCAUAUUGCCACCAUGGGCAAAAGGAGAUGCUCAAGAAUUUAUUCGUGUGCAUCGAGAGGCACUUGAGUGUGACUACGUUUCAGCACACCUUCAUGAGUGGAUUGAUCUUAUAUUUGGCUACAGACAACAAGGACAGGCGGCUCUUGAACAACACAAUGUUUUCCACCACUUGUUUUAUGAAGGCACUGUAGAUAUUGACAAGAUAGAGGAUCCACUAACAAGGAACGCAACCAUCGGAUUUAUCAAUAAUUUUGGGCAGAUGCCAAAGCAGCUAUUCAAGCGUCCUCACCCACCUAGGAAAGUGAAGCCAACUUUAAAUCUCACCGAAGUUCCAUCUGUUGGCACUACGCUCAAUGGAGGACCUUCAUCUAGCUCUUCUGAUCGUCUGUUUUAUCAUCACUUGCAGAAUCUGAUGCCUUCACUACAACCAUUGCGAGAGCUAAAGGGCCCAGUGGGACAGAUUGUUCAGACUGAUCGUGGAGUUUUGAUAGCAGUUGAAAAGAACAAAAUUUUGGUGCCACCUCAUCAUGUUCGCUACUUGGCAUGGGGUUUCUAUGACAACAGCAUACGAGGAGCCAUUUUAGAGGGAGAGAAAGUAACAUCAGUAUAUGAAAACCUGCACAUUGGAAAAAUCAACUGUAUGCUUUGUUUGGAUGCAUUCACACUAAUUACAGCUGGAGAGAGCACGGUUAUCUAUGUGUGGCGGUUGGUGACUGGAAGUGUGAGGGAAAGAAAUAGACAGUUACAGCCGAAGCAGACUCUGUAUGGACACACAGCUCCUGUGACAUGCUUGGUGUUGUCUAAGUCAUACAGUAUAUUGGUCAGUGGAUCAGAGGACCAGUCUUGUAUUAUCUGGGACAUCAACAGGUGGACUUUCGUAAGACAACUGUUAGGUCAUGUAGCACCAAUAGCAGCUGUUACGAUCAACAAUCUUACGGGUGAUAUUGUGACGUGUGCUUCGCAUUCUGUGUAUCUGUGGUCAAUAAAUGGUCGGCUGUUGGCAGACUUGACAUUACCGGAGGGUCCUAGAAGUAGCAUUCAAUGUUGUACGGUGUCUGAACUAUGUGAGUGGGACAGCCAGAAUGUCAUCUUGACAGGUGGAGUAGAUGGAGUUGUGAGGAUGUUUAGUGUUGAAUUUGAGCCGCACAUAUCAGGAUUGAGUAAGAAGGAGCAACUUCAUUGUGAGGCAGAUAGAAGGCUUACAGAAAUCAUCCGCGAGCAGAUGGAUGACUUUGGCUCAAGCCAGUCUUUGUUAGAACAAGAGGAUUCUAAUGCCGGUGUUCGAAAGCAAGGGCAAGAUGAUGGAACAACAGACACAUGUGGAAUUGUCUCUGACGGUGACAACAGUGACACAAAACAGUUUAGUUCGUCAUCAGAUACAUCUAAUGGUGGAGUCGAUCUCGAGAACCCAGAAUUAGAUGCGCAGAGUUUUGAAGAUGGAAUCGGUUCUAGCAGUAGAAGUGACAAACAUCCUUCGCAACGUGCAAACGUAAACCCAUUCUUACGAAAAUCACGUUCCACCUCAGGUCAAACCUGGCGACGAGUUUUGGCAGAACGAGCCAAAUUGACAAUGCACACAGCUAUUGAUCGGCACGACAACAGAUAUCCUGCUCGUAUCUCUUGUCUCUCGGUUUCCAGAGAUCAUCGCACGUUGUUAGUGGGAGAUGAACGAGGAAGGAUAUACAGCUGGUCUGUUACGGAAUCAGCAGGUAAACGUGCCAAUCAUUGGGUACGAGAUGAGGUAGCAAAGAACUGUGCAGCUUGCAAUGUUCCCUUCACUCUUACUGAGAGACGACACCACUGUCGAGAUUGCGGCCAGAUUUUCUGUCAUAAAUGUAGCAAGUAUGAAUCAAAGAUCGAGCGACUGGGAAUUACAAAGGCUGUCAGAGUUUGCCAACAGUGCUUUGUCAAAUUGAAGUCUAAGAAAUCACCAGAUCCGAUGAGGAACAUUUGACGUGCCGUUCAGCAAUAAAAUAGAUUGUGGCAGCUCUUAUACCAGUGACAUUCAUUUCCAAGCAUAAAUUACUUAUUUACAUGACUUGUACAUUUUUGUAAUGUUUGUUGAGAUAUGGGCAAUAGUUUGUCAGCUAGAUUGAUAUUUGUUCUGUUACAGUUAUUUUGAUGAAGAUUUAACUAAUAUAAUCA